CUGCGGAAAAUCCAAAGAACCAACCAACAAUCUCAUUGCAGAAAUCGAGUCAACUCUCGUGGCCAUGGAUUCUUCCACCUUCCAUGUUUCCAGUGGACCGCUUGGCCGGUAUAAAAGCCCACCACCGCGGACCUAUCGACGACCUCUGCGACUCGGCAAUGACACGAACAAAUGGAACAGACUCCGCGGCCGCCAACCCUCCGCCGCCGUUCGACCCUUUGGCGCCCGCAGUUCCUAUAUCUUACCCGCUGAAGACGCUAGAAGAACUGGAUUCGCGCGCCUACUUCAAAUCGUUUCACUUCCCGUUCAACCAGGCUGGUGUGAAGCUUCCGGCUGGAGGGGGCGGCGCGGAGGCGAUGCCGCAGCGGCCGCGGGUUCUGGUGUGCCAUGACAUGGCGGGAGGGUACACGGAUGACAGAUUUGUGCAAGGCGGGACGAACGCUGAUGCGUACGCGAUUUGGCAUUGGUAUUUGAUCGAUAUUUUUGUUUACUUUUCGCAUAAUUUGGUGACGCUGCCUCCGCCGUGCUGGACUAAUACUGCUCACACACAUGGUGUUAAGGUACUAGGUACAUUUAUCAUGGAGUGGGAUGAAGGGAGAAAACAAGCUGAUAAACUGCUAUCCACAAAGACUUCUGCUCAAAUGUAUGCCGAGCGAUUGGCUGAGCUUGCUGUUGCUCUAGGAUUUGAUGGUUGGCUGCUUAAUAUGGAGGUCGAUUUGGAUCCUGGACAGAUCCCAAUUCUGGAAGAGUUUGUCAGCCACUUAACACAGAUUAUGCACUCUUCAUUGCCUGGUUCCAUCGUCAUAUGGUACGACAGUGUUACCGUUGAUGGUGAACUUUACUGGCAGAAUCAGUUAAAUGACCUAAACAAGCCUUUCUUCGACAGAUGCGAUGGCAUACUGGUGAAUUAUUCAUGGGAGGAAAGUUAUCCUAAGCAAUCUGCUGAGGUUGCCGGCGAUAGAAAAUUAGAUGUCUACAUGGGCAUUGAUGUCUUUGGGAGGGGCACUUACGGUGGUGGACAAUGGACUACAAAUGUUGCCCUUGAUGUGAUAAAGAAAGACGGCAUUUCAGCAGCGUUAUUUGCGCCGGGAUGGGUUUAUGAGACUAAUCAACCCCCUGACUUUCAAACUGCUCAAAACCGAUGGUGGGGACUUGUCGAGAAAUCGUGGGGAAAUGUGCAAAGCUACCCCAAAGUACUUCCAUUCUACUCAAAUUUCGAUCAGGGUCAUGGGUACCAUAUAUCUGUCGGUGGAGAGCAAGUGUUCAACACUCCUUGGAACAACAUUUCUUCCCAAAGCUUUCAACCUUUCCUUGAGUACCCUGGAGACAACACUGCUCAGCCGAUCCAAGUCUCCGUUAAUUUCAAGGAAGCGUCUUAUAGUGGAGGAGGGAACGUCACAUUUAGAGGGAUGCUUGGUGACAAUGCUGAAUUCACGGCAAGGCUCUUUCUUGGAGAGCUUCUUUUGGGGAAUUCACCACUUCACGUUACAUAUUCUGUUAAAUCAAGUGGGAACUCUUUGUUAGGUCUUGCCCUUGUAACCUCUACCACAACCAAUGAGAAAAAGACAUUCUUCCUAGCCACCUCAGGAAACGCCUUGCUAGCCAGGAACCAUUUCUCAAGCCAUUUUACCCAAGUGAUAAUGCCACGUCGAGUAACCAAGCUGGAGGCAGAACCUGGAUGGGUCAUGCAAGAAAGCAGCAUCGAAAUGCACGGCCACAUACUAAAAGAAAUUCGGGCUGUAUGCUACAGAUCAAAGGCCAAAAAUUCUCAUGCUGUUGCUUACGCCCCUUCAUCUGCUCCAUCAGAAUAUUAUGCAGUUCUUGGUGAUAUCAAGGUUACUACUUCCGGAGAAAAUAUAAACUUUCCACCAUCCACAGCAUGGACCGUUGACGGUCAAUUCGUCAGUUGGACUUCGGGUCCUAAGGGGUCCAAGAACCUUAGUGUUAAGAUUACAUGGCGACUAAAAGACAGCAACGUCGAUCUUUUCUCUAAGUACAAUAUAUAUGUCAACAAGCUAAAGAGUGUUUCGUCUGUAUAUCAGAGUGAAAUGCUUGAAGGAUUUCAGGAAUAUCUCGGUGUAGCAGCAGCAAAAUCAUUCUACAUCUCUGAUCUAGAAGUUGCUUCCGGCAUUUCCAGCCUGAAAUUCACAAUCCAAGUCUGCAGUCCUGAUGGGGCUUGCCAGAAGCUUGAAGAGUCUCCUUUCUUCCUACUGCAAGUUCAAGGUGUCAAAUAUGGGAAGGAAAAAUGCAUUCACCGCCAAUAUAGUAAGGUUGAAAGUCGCGACAUCCUGCCAAGGUAUGUGCAAAAGACGAGUGAUGACCCUAAGGUACAAAUCAUGGAAACUGAAGGCGCAGUACGAGUAGUUUAUUUAUGUUUUAUCAUGAACUUAUCAAUUUUAGUCCUCUAUACGUCGUAUCAGUUCUUGAGAAAUAACAAAAAUUGAUUGAAUUGGCAUCAUCUCUCCGUUUUAGACUGAAAAAGAAUUAUGUAUUCUGCAGUGUCUAAAAGUAAACAAAAUAGAAAGAUGAUGUAAGAAUUGAGGUUGAUAUAUAUAAGGGAUACUAUAUUUGUCUUGUUAUUACCACAUUUCCACGACUUUUUAAUCUUUGGCUUCCUCUAAAUUCAACUUUAUUUUCCCGCUUUCCAUUAUCUAAUUUAUCUUUUUCUUCAAGUUUUUCUGCCCGUAAUGUGACAUCCACUAAAGCAAAUUGUUAAUCAGGUGAGGUAACCUUUUGACAAGAAGCAAUUUAAUUUCUUUAAU